AUGAUCACCUUCAUCCCACAAGGCUGUGGCGUCCCCGGAGGUGGGCUCUGGGUCACGUCCGUCUGUGCUUCCCCAGCAGCCAGCACGGUGCGAGGGACUGAGCUCAGUGAAGCUUAUGGACUGAAGGGUGAAGCCUGCCUGCUGGACCAGGAGGGUGUGGGCAGCCAGGAGCCUCCCUCCAGGGAGAAGGGGAACCGAGGUGUCAGGGAAGAGAAAACAGAGCGGAGGUGGAAAGGCCGACAGGCGAGCAGCUGGCUGCCACUGCUGGCCAAGCGCUGCCACUCGGACACUCAGGUCUUCCUCUGCUCGCUCUUCGCGCCCGUCUGCCUCGACCGGCCCAUCUACCCGUGCCGCUCGCUGUGCGAGGCGGUGCGCGCCGGCUGCGCGCCGCUCAUGGAGGCCUACGGCUUCCCCUGGCCCGAGAUGCUGCACUGCCACAAGUUUCCCCUGGACAACGACCUCUGCAUCGCUGUACAGUUCGGGCACCUGCCUGCCACCGCGCCUCCAGUGACCAAGAUCUGCGCCCAGUGUGAGAUGGAGCACAGCGCCGACGGCCUCAUGGAGCAGAUGUGCUCCAGCGACUUCGUGGUCAAAAUGCGCAUCAAGGAGAUCAAGAUAGAGAAUGGGGACCGGAAGCUGAUUGGAGCCCAGAAAAAGAAGAAGCUGCUGAAGCCGGGCCCCCUGAAGCGCAAGGACACCAAGAGGCUGGUGCUGCACAUGAAGAAUGGGGCGGGCUGCCCCUGCCCGCAGCUGGACAGCCUGGCAGGCAGCUUCCUGGUCAUGGGCCGCAAGGUGGACGGACAGCUGCUGCUCAUGGCCGUCUACCGCUGGGACAAGAAGAAUAAGGAGAUGAAGUUCGCAGUCAAAUUCAUGUUCUCCUACCCCUGCUCCCUCUACUACCCCUUCUUCUACGGGGCCGCAGAACCCCACUGAGGGGCUCUCCUCCCUGCCCUGCCCAACUGGCUGUGCCUUGCCCACUUCCUCGCCCACCUGGCCUCGCCCCCACUCCCAGGCUGUCCUAGCCCCUGCCAGAGGGUCGUUUCAUGCAGAUCGUUACUGGCACAGGCCCCAGGGAUAGGUGUGGAGCCCGGGCUGUCCUUCUUGACCCUUGACCCAGGGGUCCUGAGGCCCCCGGGGUCUUAGGCAUCCUCUCAGGAGCAGGGCUUUGUCAUUUGGGAGAAAACCACAGGGUCUCAGAAAGUAGUCAGAGGGAAGAGAGAGCGAGGGGAGAGGAGGGGCUCAGAGCAGCCCGAUGAGCUGGUUUCCAGACUAGACAGCAGCGUCAGCUCCCCUCUCUUGGUGGACAGGGGAGUCUCAGUAUCAGUCUGAGCUACUUGGGGGACAGCUCUCCUCCCCUACUGCCCCUUUAUUGUGUCCUUGUCAUAGCCCCCCAGAGAAAAGGAGUUAGGGUCUCAAUGCCCUCCAGCCACCACCCCUUGCCUUCCCCAUCUCGCCCAUUCCCCUACCCGAGGCCUAGCACUCCCGCUGGACUGGAGAGCAAACCCAGCCCCACCUCGAUGCAGACCCCUUCCCAUGGGCUCGCUUCUUGGGGUUCACUCCUCAGCCUCCGCUUCUCCCUUUUACCGCGAUGAUGAGUAAGUUAUUGCUACUGCUGUGAGCCCCUAGGUACUAGAUGACUGAUACAGGUAGGGUUUGUUUUU